AUGUUUGAAUUGGCGCUGUCAAAUAACUCAACUUCAGCCCCACGAAUUCGUAGACAAGCUCAACAGGAUGGAGCCGAAUUCUCAUACGUCGAUGCCGAUCGAUGGCGAGACAGAUUUCCAAUGUGUGGCGGAACGGCUCAGAGCCCUGUCAAUUUGCGACCUUUCGACUGCAAUAGACUCCAGGGCGGAAGGAGUUCUUUGACCUUUAUCAAUGCUUUCACACCGCCAAGAACCGUCGAAUUGAUUAACAACGGUCACACCGUGAGAUUCGUGUUCCACUGGAAUCGCAACAACACAGCGAGGAUCACCGGAGGUCCUCUGAAUGGGGCGCAGUACAUUCCCCACGAGGUGCACUUCCACUGGACCAACGGAGUCUUUGGCGGCACCGAGCACGCCAUCUACGGCUUCCGCUUUACCAUGGAAAUGCACGUUGUGUGUUACAAUGCGAAGUACCGAAAUCUGGAGGAGGCAAUGAAUUUUGCAGACGGAAUCUUGGUUCUCGCUCAGCUGUUCAAGAGGUUCAUCUUUGGCGAUCGAUUUCACUUCCUGCAGACACUUCCUUACGUUCGCAGACGAGGAUCAAGGAUCACCAUCAAUUACCUAGUGCAUUUAUUUACUCUAGACUCCUUUCUCAAUGUGAAUAGGUUUAAUCGAAACUUCGUCAGCUACAUAGGAAGUCUGACAACGCCACCGUGUCGAGAGCAAAUUCAGUGGAUUGUUAAUGUAAUACCGCGGAAAAUAGCGUACAAAGCAAUGAGACUAUUUAAUGGAUUGCAGGGCUCUGAAGGAUUCAUCAACGACAAUGUUCGUCCACUGCAGCCCAUGAAUGGGCGUCCUUACGUCAUCCAGAGUGUUACUUCUUUGGCUCUUCUGGUCGAGAUGCCACAGCUGAAAGCAUAUGUAAUGCAGAGGAGGGGAGAAGAUUGGGGUUCUCACGAGUGCCACACAAAGAGAAGAAGUGGCAAGAAGGCAUUAGAAAAAAGCACAACAAAUCAAAGAAAUGGUUUUGUAACACAGUUUUCAGACUAUUGUGAGGUUUAUGCCUCAUUAGAAUUGAAUAGAAAAUCAUCUGCAGCCCAUCAAGCAGCUCUCUAG